AUGAAGGUUGGAACUACUGGAAUGUCUGGGAAUGGGAUGUCUUAUAACCAUGAGAAUCAAAUGAAUGGUGGAAAGGAAUCAUAUUUGAUUAAAUUGAAAAAACCUCUGAGAGAUUUUGCAAUGGAAGGAAAUGAAGAUAAAAUGAGAUUAGGUUCAAUGAUGAUUGUUAGAGGGUCAGCUGGUUCAUUAGCUUUAGUGACUACAAAAGGAAAUUUUAGGAAUAUGAGCAUUAUCCCUUGUCUGCCAGUGAUGGAAGUAAGAGGUGGUCUGAGCUUUUUAGAAAAACUUGUCUUGGUAGUUAAUGUGCUGAACACAGGAGUAGGAUGUGCAUAUUUUUAA